AUGGUGGAAGUCACUGAUCUAAGGGUUACUAAAACGAUUGAAGUAGGUAGUGUUUUGUACCUACAUCCAUCUGACAGUCCAGGUGCUUCUCUCGUACCAGAUCCUUUCGAUGGGAUUGGAUAUCGAUCCUGGAGAAGGGGCAUACUUAGAUCAUUAUCUGUAAAAAAUAAGCUAGGGUUCAUAAAUGGCGAAUCUAAGAAACCACCUUCUAAUGAUCCAGAGUAUAGGCAAUGGGAACAAUGUGAUGACAUGGUUACGUCUUGGAUCCUUAACUCCCUAAGCAGAGAUAUUGUUGAUAGUGUCGAAUACGUAGACAAUGUUUUGGAACUAUGGAAUGAUUUGGAAGAUCGUUAUGAUCAGACUAAUGGUGCCAAGUUAUAUCAGAUUCAAAAGGAAAUCAAUGAUCUCGUUCAAGGCGUUUUGGAUAUCACAACUUACUACACUAGGAUGAAGAAACUUUGGGAGGAAUUGAGCAGUUUAUGCAUAAAGAGUCACUGCAAAUGUGCAUGUACUUGUGGAGCAAAGGAUCUUAUGCACAAAGUCGAACAGGAUAGGAGGUUAAUUCAAUUUCUCAUGGGAUUAAACGAAGUUUACACAAUAAUCAGAGGAAACAUAUUAAUGAUGAAUCCUCUUCCAUCAAUGGCACAAGCUUUCGCCCUAUUGAUUCAGGAAGAGAAACAACGAGAGUUUAAGCCAAAUAAUCAAUUGUUUGCUGAAUCCAGUUCUCUUCAUGCUAGUACUUCAGGCACAUCGUCAGGAGGCAUUUUUGCUGCUAAUACUUCAGGAAGUAAGGAUUUCAAACCCAAUUACUCUUCUUCUUCUUCUCACAGAGGCAGACCUUUCUGUGAUCACUGUAAGAGACCAGGUCACAUCAAAGAAAAAUGUUAUAAGCUACAUGGACCAAACACAUUGAAGUGGAUUGCCAUUUUGUCAGAUCCAAGCUCCAAGAAGGCUUAA